AUGGGAACCAGGCAUCCAGGACCCCCACCCCGAGCAGUGGCUGUGCCGUAGGGCAGGUGGCAGAGGCGACCGGAGGAGCUCAGGUGCGGUGGGUGCCCACCCGCAUCGGGGGACACCAUGGGGACACCCCCUCGUGUCCCCCUCGUCCUGCUGCUCCUGCUGGUGGCGGAGAGGACAGCCCGCGGCACGUUCCCCGAGGAGCCCGGACCCAUCGCUGUGGCCCCCGAGGACUACGUCAAGCACUACUCUGUCUUCGUGGGGCACGGCACGAGCCGCCCGGCCGGCCCCGAGGCGGGGGGCACCCAGCGCCUCAACAUCCAGCGCAUCCUCAAGGUCAACAGGACCCUCUUCAUCGGGGACAGGGACAACGUCUACCGGGUCAACCUGGAGCCCAGCGGCGCUGGGGAGAUGCGGUACCACCGGAAGCUGACAUGGCGUUCAAACCAGCACGACAUCAGCAUCUGCCGGAUGAAGGGCAAACACGAGGCAGAGUGCAGGAACUUCAUCAAGGUGCUGCUGGUGAGGAACCAGAGCCUGCUCUUCGUCUGUGGCACCAACGCCUUCAACCCUGUCUGUGCCAACUACAGCAUGGACACCCUGGAGCCCGUCGGGGACAACAUCAGCGGCAUGGCCAGGUGCCCCUAUGACCCCAAGCAUGCCAACGUGGCCCUCUUCACAGGGGGGAUGCUCUUCACUGCCACGGUGACGGACUUCCUGGCCAUCGACGCCGUCAUCUACCGCAGCCUCGGCGACAGCCCCACCCUCCGCACCGUCAAACACGACUCCAAAUGGUUCAAAGAGCCCUACUUUGUGCAUGCUGUGGAGUGGAGGAGCCAUGUCUACUUCUUCUUCCGGGAGAUCGCCAUGGAGUUCAACUACCUGGAGAAGGUGGUGGUGUCACGGGUGGCACGGGUGUGCAAGAACGACAUGGGGGGCUCGCAGCGGGUGCUGGAGAAGCAGUGGACCUCCUUCCUGAAGGCUCGGCUCAACUGCUCCGUGCCCGGUGACUCCCACUUCUACUUCAACGUCAUCCAAGCUGUGACAGACAUCCUGGAGCUGGAUGGCCGCCCCGUGGUGCUGGCUGUCUUCUCCACACCUGCCAACAGCAUCCCUGGCUCUGCUGUCUGUGCCUUCGACAUGACCCAAGUGGCUGCUGUCUUCGAGGGACGUUUUCGGGAGCAGAAGUCACCUGAGUCCAUCUGGACACCUGUGCCAGAGGACAUGGUGCCAAAGCCCCGGCCCGGGUGCUGUGCGUCCCCCGGGAUGCGCUACAACUCCUCCAGCACCUUCCCCGACGAGAUCCUCAACUUCGUCAAGACUCACCCGCUGAUGGACGAGGCGGUGCCUGCGCUGGGCAACGCCCCCUGGAUCCUCCGCACCAUGAGCCGGUACCAGCUCCGCAAGAUCGUGGUGGACACCGCAGCAGGGCCAUGGGGCAACCAGACUGUGGUCUUCCUGGGCUCCAGCACGGGCACCGUCCUCAAGUUCCUCAUCCAUCCCAAUGCCAGCACCAGCCCCUCACCCAGCACCCCUGGCAGCCAGAGUGUCUUCCUGGAGGAGUUUGAGACCUACCACCCCGGGAGGUGUGGCAGGGACACUGAGGACGAGCGGCGGCUGCUGGGGCUGGAGCUGGACAAGGCAGCAGGAUCCCUGCUGCUGGCCUUCCCCCCGUGCGUGGCCAGGGUGCCAGUGGCUCGCUGCCAGCAGCACUCAGGCUGCAUGAAGAAUUGCCUCGGGAGCCGGGAUCCCUACUGUGGAUGGACACCUGAGGGCUCCUGCAUCUUCCUGGAGCCCAGCCCCAGGGUGGCCUUCGAGCAGGACAUCGCUGGUGGCAGCACAUCCCACCUGGGAGAGUGUGAGGGGCUGGUGACAGAGAGCUUCGUGGACGAGCCGGACGGGCUGGUGUCGGUGAACCUCUUGGUGAUCUCCUCGGUCGCCGCCUUCGUCAUCGGCGCCGUCAUCUCCGGCUUCAGCGUCUGCUGGUUCAUCGGCCACCGGGACCGCAAGGAGCUGGCCCGGCGCAAGGACAAGGAGACCAUCCUGGCGCACAGCGAGUCGGUGGUGAGCGUCAGCCGGCUGGGCGAGCGGCGGGCGCGGGGCGGGCAGCCUGGCGCCUUGCUGGCCCCGCUCAUGCCCAACGGCUGGCCCAAGGAGUUAGCCAAGGUCACCCAGCACGACCUGGACUCGGGGGUCCUGCCCACACCGGAGCAGACCCCCCUGCAGCAGAAACGUUGCCCCGGAGCCCUCCAAAACUGCACCUGGGAGCAGAGUCACAACAUCAUCAACGCCGCGCUGCGGGACCCCGGCGGGUCCGGCACUACCGGCGGUGCCGGGAGGCUGCGCUCGGGCUCCGGCCGCUCGGCCCGCGGCAUCCCCCUCUCCUGCCACGCCAUCUUGGUGGAUCAGGAGCUGGAGGCUGAACUCAGCGACUCCUCGGGCGAUGGACAUUGGGGUCGAGACCCCCAGGAAGGCCCCCGCGCCCGGCAGCACCCCCCCGCCGGUGCCCGCCGCCCGCCUCGCAACUCUUACGGCGACUUCUCCGGCACGCCGCACCCCAGCCCCGACCGCCGGCGGGUGGUGUCGGCCCCCGGUGGGGAGGGGGGAGACUUUACCGAGGGGCCGCCCUGGCACCCCGAGCAGCUGAACUUCAAUGCCAACAACGGCACCGGCCGCCCCGGUGCCCACCUCAAGAGGAACCACACGUUCAACAGCGGCGAGGCGGCGGCGGGGGGCUACGGGCGGCACGGAACGGCACAGCGGGCGGCCAGCGCCGGGCACCCGCGGGCGCUGACGGACCUGCACCACCUCCUGCGCUAUGGCGUGGAGCGGACUCCCUCGGGAAAAUAG